UUAUUUCCACGGCUGAUGUCAUUGGAUUGCACGAGUAGCACCAGUAUUUAUACCGGCGACGCACACAGAAACGCGAGCCACUCAUUUCUGAGGCCACUGCUGCAGCGCCUUCACGGCCACAUUAUCAGUAUGGGCAGUAUGAUGCGAGGAUGCUUGACAUGCCUUCUACUGUUUACUUUCGCUGCGCUCACGCUAGCAUCAUUCUAUGAAGAGGAUACAGAAAUCACCAAUGACGGCGUAAUGAAUUCUGCAGCCAGGGCAGACGAGACGGUCAUGAGUGUCCCUCAAGAUCCAGCCAAAGACGACCAAAAAGAAGGCAGAUCCUUUGAAGACCAUCCUUCUCCACGAUUCCCGCCAAUUAGAAGAGGAAAACUAGGACGUACCUGCAGAGGGCGAGGAUGUUCAUCAAGCCUGCCGGUUCACUGAAUAUUAUUUUCUCUUCAUAAACGACCAAUAAAACUAUCAGAUGAAGAAAUAACUCG